AUGGCGUGUGCAAGAAGAAGCUCGUUGGUCACUGAGUACUGGGAACCGGAAUGGGACGAAGCCAUCCAUUUAGCGGCUGAAAGCAUCUGGAGGGAAGGACUGCUAUCGAAGGGUGGCAGUUUGUGUCAUGGCAUUGCUGGAAAUGCACUGCCGCUGCUGCUGAUGCACGACAGUUUUGAGUACGAUGUGGAAUUGAUGCAGACAGCGAAGCGCAACUACACAAAGCGAACCGAGCCGAUCGAGACUAAAUUUCUAGAAGACAAUCUCUCAAGCGACUAUUUCCUGUCUAGAGCGCUAACACUGCUAUUGCAUGCGCGGGAGACGCCGCCUUACAGCAACUCGCCUGAGAAUAUUUAUCGUAUGCCUGACCGCCCGUUCUCCCUGCAUGAGGGACUAUCGGGUACGGUUUGCGCGUGGGCUGAUGCUUGUGUGGCAAUCCAAGCGAGACUGCGGAAGAUGGAGCUGGAGCAGGAGGGCGAUGGGCCAGUCGUAGAGGCUACUCUGCGAAGAGAUCCGACUUUCAAGGAACUAAUGAACCGCCAGCUAGGGUUCCCAACCAUCGCUCACCAUAGACCGACAGGUCUGCCUUAA